GGGGAAUGCUGAUUGUGGAGUAUUUGGGGGAUGGCCUUAUCUAGCCUACCAAUAUAUCAUGAGAGCAGGUGGAUUGGAAACUUGGGAGGAUUAUUGGUAUUGUUCCGGUCUGGGCGGCGCCCCAGGGACAUGCGAAGUGUGCCCGGCCCCCGGGUUCAACACCAGCCUAUGUGGUCCGCCAAUUCCCUAUUGCAACAUGAGUCAGAGCUGUGUCUUCAAGCUGAACAAAUCGAAGUUUGUUUCUGGGUUCAAGGUCAAUACCUGGAAGGCCAUCAGUGAGAACGAGACUGUGAUUGCGGAUCAGCUAAUGCAGAUUGGACCACUCUCGGUCGCCCUUGAUGCUGAACUAUUACAGUUUUACCACGGAGGAGUUUUCUCUACCCACUUCUGUUCAAAGACGAAACUAGAUCACGCUGUGCUACUAGUGGGGUUCGGCGUAGAGAAAGGACUGUUUGAGACCAAAGACUACUGGACUGUGAAAAACUCCUGGGGCCACAAGUGGGGUGAAAGUGGCUACUUCCGGAUCAAGCGUGGGGACGGCAUGUGUGGCAUAAACACUGCUGUUACCACUGGCGUACUUGGUGCUUAAACAUAGUGUCAUCGUGGAAACGUGGUAUUGGUGACAUAUCAUUGACCAGUGUGACGACUCAGUGUUCAUGACUAAAUUGACUCUGACAACGAUGUAAGAUGUUUGAAGAAACUGUGAUACUAAUAUUUUUCAACAAUAAAUUUUGAUAUUAGAAAUAAAAUUAAGGUGACAAACUAAUAUACAAAAAGGAGGAUAGAUUGCUGGCUUUGAAUCAUAUAACUGUUUCCAGUUUAUCAGUGAUAUUAAGGAAAUGAGAGGAUGAUGUCUAAAAUUAAAUUAUAUGCAAUACCAGUGUUUGUGGAAAGUCUUAUCUUAAAUGGCCACACAUCAGUGGUUUAUCAUUCCGUAAAGAGAUUGACAGAAUUACGACAAUGCAUCCAUCUUUACUUAAAGCAGUGAGUAACUAGAAAGUUAGACAGAUUUUUAUUUUCAAAUGCGAUGAUAUGAAUUAUAAAUUUAAAAUGUAGAUCAAUGUACUUCUUGCAAACAAUAUCGAUAUAACUCGAUUUCGUUCAAACCGACAUUGAUGUCAAAAGAAAAAUUCAGUGGGCUUCUUAUUAAAACUGGGUUUAAUCGAAUUGUCUUCAUAACGGCGUGGGUGUUUAACACAUCCAUUCAAUUCCUCUCUGAUGUUAAUAUUGUUGACGUUUCUAUUGGCAUUUCUGAUGAUUUUAGAAUUAACUUUUAUGCGAUAUGCAUAAUUUAGCAGCUUUCUCAUCACGGAUGCACAUAACAUCGAUUUCAAUUGUAAUGUUGACCCAAUUGUUGCUUGCGACAUAAUUAUGCAAUUUUAAGAUAGCGCGAUGAACCAAUUGGGCCCAGAUAUAUUUCAUAUUUUAUAAUUUUUUGUGAUUUCGUAUACGAGUUGAGUAUUUUAUCCCUUGAUCAUCAUAUUACAAUUAAGCCAAUUUUGAGAUACGUGUAUAAUUUCAUGUGAAGCCAACUUUGAGAUUAAUAUUCAAAUUCCAUGAACAAUUAGUUUUCUGUCCUAUCAGAGGGAAGUGACGAGUUGUCUUCAGGUAGGUAUGUAUUUACAGUGAAAAAUAUAGGUGUGUCUUAAAACAUUAUUGAUUUUAAAGUAUCCCUAGUAUGUAUACAUUCGUUGGUGUUGUAUUGAAGAUAAUUGAUUUCUGACUGGAAAUGUCCGGUUCAGGGUUUGCAUAAAUGUAAUUUGUGUUUGAUAAUCCAAUAAAACCUAUUGUUGUUUGUUUAUACAA